CACCGCUGCUAGGAUACGGUAAACUACAGACCAGUGAACCACUAAAACCAUCGAAACACAGAAAGCGACUCAAAAUCAGCUAAGAUGGAGAUUGUGUACGUGUACACAAAAAAGCGCAGUGAGUUUGGCCGCCAGUGUAACUUUUCAGACCGUCCGGCUGAGCUGCAUGUGGACAUUCUGCCUGACCCUUCCCUCGCUGCAAACUUCACUGUGAGAGAUCCAUGUAAUGUCACCAUGCAGUGCGCAGAGGAAAUGUCAGAGCAUGAGGUGAACACAGAGCGCUUUGAAUCAGAGUCACGAGGAAUAAACCAUGUGGAAGGAGGGUGGCCGAAAGAUCUCAAUCCAGAGGACGUGGAGGCGACCAUCCGCUACAGGAAGAAAGUGGAGAAGGAUGAACACUAUCAGAACACGAUUAUGCAGAUUGCUGGUCUCAUGGAACACUGUAGCAAGCAGAACAACGCCACUGACAUCUACCAGGACUUUUUUGCUGAUGAGGUUGAGGAAGAGGUGGUGGAGGAAUCAGAGGAAGAGCCAUCAGCCAAGACGAUCAAUGUCUUCAGAGACCCAAAUGAAGUGAAGCGCACAGCCACAAGUUUAUCCUGGCAUCCCGAUGGUAACCAUAAACUUGCUGUCGCCUACUCUUCCCUGGAGUUUCAGAAAGCACCCAAUGACAUGAGCUUCGACUCCUACAUAUGGGACAUUGAAAAUCACAAUAAACCUGAGAUGACCCUGAAACCUGUAUGUCCACUUGUUUGUCUGGAGUACAACCCAAAAGAUUCACACAUUCUCGUUGGGGGAGGCUACAAUGGACAAAUUGCGUACUGGGACACACGCAAAGGCAGCCAGCCAGUAGAGAUGUCCACCAUCGAACACAGCCAUAGAGAUCCUGUCUACAAAGUCAUCUGGCUGCAGUCGAAGACAGGCAUGGACAUCUUCUCAGCUUCUACAGAUGGUCAGGUGCUGUGGUGGGACAUUCGUAAGCUGAGUGAGCCCACUGAGAGACUCGUGCUGGACCCCAGUAAGAAGUGGAACCUUGAUAAUGCCCUUGGUGCAAUCUCACUGGAGUUUGAGACCACUAUGCCUACUAAGUUCAUGGUGGGCACAGAGCAGGGUCUUGUGGUUUCGUGCAAUCGCAAAGCAAAAACCCCAGCUGAGAAGAUUGUAUGCACAUACAGCGGACACCAUGGUCCCAUUUACGCCCUGCAGAGGAACCCGUUUUUUCCUAAGAACUUCCUGACCGUGGCUGACUGGACCGCACGCAUCUGGUCAGAGGACAUCAAGGAGUCCUCCAUUAUGUGGACCAAGUAUCACAUGGCCCAUCUGUUAGAUGGCUGUUGGAGUCCAGUCAGACCCUCAGUCUUCUUUACAGUAAAGAUGGACGGCACCCUGGACGUGUGGGACAUCUUGUUUAAACAGAACGACCCCACUCUCAGCCUCAAAGUUUGUGAUGAAGCCCUGUACAGCAUCCGGGUGCAAGAUAACGGCCGUUACCUGGGCUGUGGCUCUCAGCUGGGAACCACCACACUGCUGGAGAUUUCAUCAGGCCUGUUCACACUGCAGAAGAACGAGAAACCCCUGGUCUCAGAGAUGUUUGAACGCGAGACCAAGCGGGAGAAGAUUCUGGAGGCUCGGCACAGAGAGAUGCGUCUGAAGGAACGCAGCCGCUCCGAGCAGAGCCGAGAGGACGAGGGCAAAGAGGCAGAUGGGGAGGAAUGCACUGAGGAGCUGGUGGCCCGUGCAGAGACGGAGUUCUUCCACAUGUUGGAAGCCGAGAAGACGAAAGAGAGGAAUGAGGAGAAAGAAAGAGAUAUGGAGAAAGGCGUGUGUGAAGAGAAAGAUUUCCAGGAGGAGCAUGAAACUAAUGGUGUCGCUUCCUUUACAAGAAGAGAAGUCUCUCUGUAGACUGUGAACACAGAGCUGAGGCUGCUUGCAUCAACUGCUUAGACUAGUCUUAUAAGUUAGUCAUCUAUUUCUUUAUACAUUUUUCAAGCCAGUCAUAUAAAGAGGUAGAUUGGUCUGAUUUGAAUCUGAAAAGUAAGACUGAUUAGCCCAAACUAAUUACUUGUUGCAGACUAGUUCUUAAGUCUUAACUGCACUAGGUUUAU